UCAAUCAGGCCAAAGUUGGUAAAGAGCCAAACCAUCCUGAUCCCCCCCUCCCCACCUUGCAGUAAAGCUUCAGGCUAUUUAAAUUUUGCUAUGUUUUCUAUUUUGGUAAUAGAACAUAAUGGGAAGGAAGCUACGACACAUGCUGAUGCUCCUUCUCAUCAUCCUGAAGCAGCCUAACAUGCCAGAAGCUGAGAGCAGCUGUGGACCAUGCUCAUCCUGCAACCUUCAGAGUUCAAACCUCACCAGCAUCCCUCAGCACCUGUCGACACGCAUCUUUUCCUUGGACUUAAAAUUCAAUGCUAUAACAACUUUAAGUCAGUCACAGAUGAAAAUACUUUCAAGGUAUAAGCACAUGACAUAUGUAAACUUUGCUGAGAAUCGUAUCUCUACCAUACAUUGUUGUUUUCCAAAUCUACCCCUGCUUGAAGUCUUGUAUCUGAUGAACAACCAGAUAACUGGUCUUCCCCCUGGAAUACUUUCAAAUCUACCCAAACUGAAAUUUCUGUACCUGAGUUCAAAUAAGUUAGCAGAGAUUCAGCUUGGUACAUUUUCAGACCUACCAAAGCUUCAGUCGUUGAAACUGAACUGCAACAAGAUAAGGACGAUUCAGUCUGGUGCAUUCACAAACCUCCCCUUGCUUAAAAUGUUGUAUCUAAACGACAACCGGAUACUAAACCUUGAGUCUGGUUCCUUUUCAGAUUUUCCUAAGCUGCAGUUACUGUGGCUGGACCACAACAAGAUUUCAAAUAUUCAAUCUGGUGCAUUUUCAAAUCUACCAAACCUUACACGAUUGGAUCUUCGCAAAAAUCAGAUAUCAUUCCUUCCCCCAUCAAUUUAUAGCAUUUUUUCAUCAAUUUCUGUAGUGAUAGUUUUCAGAAAUCACUGGCAGUGUGAUUGCAGAAUGCUUCCCUUUCGGCUGAGAAUGACAGGGUCACAUCCAUUUGAAAAGCAAAUAUUAUGUGUCCAACCUGCCACCUUUUCGGGAAAACUGCUAAAAGACAUUGAACCUGAAAACCUGACCUGCAAAGACAAAACUACACCAACAACGCCUGUUGACACCAAAGCUUCAGCCACCACACCUAAAAUGUCCACAUCUUUUUCAUUUGGCAAUACAGAAAGCAAAGAAACACUUGGCUCCUCAUUUGCCACAUGUGUAAGUUAG